GCACUUAUAUACUAAUCCCAGCACCCUCUACUGCAGCUACAGAGUCCAGAACUAGAGCUUCCUUUGCAUUUUCUUCUUUUCUUCUUGUUACUCCGAUUUUAGCUUUUAAUCAUGGGCAAGGGACCUGGUCUUUACACUGAAAUCGGCAAGAAGACUCGAGAUCUAUUGUACAAGGACUACCAGAGUGACCACAAGUUCACUAUUACCACCUACUCUCCCACCGGAGUUGCUAUUACUUCAUCAGGAACGAAGAAAGGUGAUCUGUUUUUGGCUGAUGUUAACACUCAGUUGAAGAACAAGAAUAUUACAACAGACAUUAAAGUAGACACAAAUUCCAACCUCUUCACAACCAUUACUGUUGAUGACGCUGCUCCCGGGUUGAAGACAAUUUUAAGCUUUAGAGUUCCUGAUCAAAGGUCUGGAAAGUUGGAAGUUCAAUAUUUGCACGAGUAUGCUGGGAUAAGCACCAGUGUUGGGUUAACAGCAAACCCCAUUGUUAACUUUUCUGGUGUUGUCGGUACCAACAUUCUUGCUCUUGGAACUGAUGUAUCCUUUGACUCCAAAACAGGAGAUUUCACCAAAUGCAAUGCCGGUUUGAGCUUCACAAAUGCUGACCUUGUUGCUUCUUUGAAUCUGAAUGACAAGGGAGAUAAUCUGAGUGCAUCUUACUACCACUCCGUCAGCCCUUUCACAAGUACUGCUGUUGGGGCUGAGGUGAACCAUUGCUUCUCCACCAAUGAGAACACCAUCACCGUUGGCACUCAGCAUCGAUUGGAUCCUUUGACCAGUGUGAAGGCAAGGGUUAACAACUUUGGCAAGGCUAGUGCUCUGCUUCAACAUGAGUGGCGUCCAAAGUCUCUUUUCACCAUUUCAGGAGAAGUGGACACUAAAUCUGUUGACAAGGGUGCCAAGUUUGGACUUGCUUUGGCUCUCAAGCCAUAGACUUGUUAUCUUAAAUCCAUAGACAUGAGGCAUUGCUGCAAUUUGAAGACUUGUUCUGUGGUGUUUUUUGCUCUGUAAAAAUAAAUUUAGGUGGUUGCUUGAACCUAUGCCUUCGUUCUAAGUUCAUACAUUCUUAUUAACCCUUUUCAAAAAUGAUGAUGGGUACCCUUUAUUCUAAGACUUUAGAUUUUUCUCCUGAGAUUGUCAUAAUCAACUGCCAAUUUUGAAUAUUUUUUUACCAGUACAUGUUUGUUUUGCAGCUCA